GGGAACGGUAGUCGGCCUUCCCAAAUCCCGCACUCCGACGGAACCACUUCCGAGCCAGCCUCCUGCGCGGUGGGCGGGCUUUGGUGUUGCCGUCUGCACCGCGUAGCUGAUAUGUGACCCCCGUCUCAGAUCAUUGCGCCACCACCCACCCCACCAUUGUUCAUGCCAAACACCUGGAAAUCAUCCUUGACAUCGCCCUCUUCGCAGCUCCUGAACAUCCAUCUAUCUGUUCCGUGACCAAAUCCUAUGGAAUCUACAGGGGCUUCCCUGAUGAGUCAGUUGUAUUACAGAAAAGACACACUUGAGUGAUUAGUUACAAGGUCCUACAGAAAGUCACAGGUUAUUUCAGAGACUAUGGAUAUACUCUUCAGAAUAAGAGGUGGCCUUGAUCUAGCUUUUCAGCUAGCUACUCCUAAUGAAAUGUUUAUCAAGAACGCACUAAAACAUGUACUGAGUGACCUGUCAACCAAGCUUUCUUCAAAUGCCCUUGUGUUCAGAAUUUGCCAGAGUUCAGUGUACAUAUGGCCCAACAGUGACAUGAACACCAUUCCAGGAGAGCUGACCGAUAGUUCUGCCUGUAAGAACAUAGUGCGCUUUAUUCAAUUUGAACCGGAAGAAGGUACGAAACGAAAAUUCAUGAAGAAGAAAGAUAAAAAGUUAUCAGACACGCAUCAAAUAGUAAAUAUAGAUCUGAUGCUGGAAGUGUCGACCCCUCUGGCAGCUGUAACGCCCAUUAUUGAAAGAGAAAGCGGAGGACACCACUAUGUUAGUAUGACUUUACCAGUUGAUGCAGUUUUAUCUGUUGCUCCAGAAGAAACGUGGGGAAAAGUUCGUAAACUUCUAGUCGAUGCAAUUCAUAAUCAACUAACUGAUAUGGAAAAAUGCAUUUUGAAAUACAUGAAAGGAACAUCUAUUGUGGUUCCUGAACCACUGCACUUUUUAUUGCCAGGUGAAAAAAAUCUUGUAACAAUUUCAUAUCCAUCAGGAAUUCCAGAUGGUCAGCUGCAGGCCUAUAGAAAGGAGUUACACGAUGUCUUCAAUCUGCCUCAUGACAGACCUUAUUUCAAAAGGUCUAAUGCUUAUCAUUUUCCAGAUGAACCAUACAAAGAUGGUUACAUUAGAAAUCCACAUACUUAUCUCAAUCCACCUAACAUAGAGACUGGUAUGGUUUAUGUGGUCCAGGGCACAUACGGUUACCAUCAUUAUAUGCAGGAUCGAAUAGAUGACAACGGCUGGGGCUGUGCUUAUCGGUCUCUGCAGACUAUCUGCUCCUGGUUCAGACACCAGGGAUACACAGAGAGAUCCAUUCCAACACACAGAGAAAUCCAGCAGGCUCUAGUUGAUGCUGGGGACAAACCAGCAACCUUUGUCGGAUCACGGCAGUGGAUUGGAUCUAUCGAGGUACAGCUGGUGCUGAACCAUUUGAUUGGUGUAACUUCAAAAAUACUGUUUGUCAGCCAAGGUUCUGAAAUGGCCUCUCAGGGACGAGAACUGGCUAAUCAUUUCCAAAGUGAAGGAACUCCAAUAAUGAUUGGGGGAGGAGUUUUGGCUCACACAAUACUAGGAGUUGCAUGGAAUGAAAUUACAGGACAGAUAAAAUUUCUGAUUUUAGAUCCACAUUAUACAGGUGCUGAAGAUCUGCAGGUUAUUUUGGAAAAGGGCUGGUGUGGAUGGAAGGGCCCAGAGUUUUGGAACAAGGAUGCUUACUAUAACUUAUGUCUCCCUCAGCGACCAAAUACUAUUUAAAAUAUCUUGGACUUAUAGACUGUAGUAAAGUUGUAACUUUGUUGAUAAAGAAUAAAUUUGAUUUCAAAUUAAA